GAAACUUCUAAUACAAUUAAUUUGGGGUCAUCUAAUAAAGAUAAUACUCAUUUACCUCUUGAAUCGGAUGCUUUAGCUCUAGCUCUGUCUUCUCUAUCUUCUCCAUCCCCUAAAUCAAAAAUUAAAAAACAAAAAAAUGUUUUAAAUGAUAGCAAUAAAGA